AUGCGAUCGCUCGGCACCAGCCCACCUCUGGCGGUCGCCGCGGCGUGCGGCGGCCGUUGGCGCCAGAUAUGCGCCAGCUUGGUCCUGCUCAUUCCUGGCGUUGUGCAGCUGCUGCACACCGACGAGACGGCCGACGCGGUGCUGCUGUUCUUCCGCGCGGCGGCGGGCGGCGACAUGUACCGCAGCCUGAAGCUGCAGCCCUGGGACGAGGCGCGGCUGCGGGACCAGGUGGUAGUGCCGCUGCUGGCUGUGCUGGCGCGGCUGCACUCGAUGGGCUACGUUCACCGAGACAUCAAGCCCGAGAACAUUUUCUUCGCCGCCGACGGCUCCCUGGAGCUGGGAGACUUUGGCCUCACAAUCGACCAGCGGCGCGAGCGCCCCAUCAGCCGCGUCGGCACGACGGUUGCGGCUAUCUCCUGCCCCUGA